AUGAUCAAACGUGACGACUACGAGCGUGUUGAAAAGCCAAACACUCGUGGCAAAGCUCUCGGUGGUAGCUCAUGCGCCAACUACUUCACCUGGAUCCCUGGUUCCAAGGCCACGUUUGACGAUUGGGCGGAGUUUGGCGGCCACCAGUGGACCUGGGAUAACUGUGUCCAGUAUCUCCGCAAAUGCGCCACAUACCAUGACGAUGAGAAACUCUACCCUGCUGAGCUCAGCAAGAUCGGAACUGGUGGUCCUCUCCAGAUCUCUCAUGCCGAGCUUGUUCCUGAGCUACAGCCGUUUCGGGACGCUCUUACGUCGGCCUGGGUUUCCAAGGGCGAGCCUCUCAGCGAGGAUAUCUACUCCGGCGAGAUGCACGGCCUCACUCACUGUGUAGACACUAUCUACAGGGGUGAACGCCAGGCCAGCUACCUUUUCGUCAAGGACAAGCCCAAUGUCACCAUUCUCUCUCCCUUCAUCUCCAAGAGCCUGAUCAUCGAUCCUGCUACUCGCACCUGCACUGGUGUGACUGUGAUCAACGCAACUACUGGUGCCGAGUUCAAUGUCUACGCCAACUACGAGGUCAUUGUCUCCCAGGGUGUCUUCGAGACGCCCAAGCUGCUCCUGCUCAGCGGCAUUGGCCCCGCAGAGGAGCUAUCCAAGCACGGUAUUGAUACAAUCGUCAACUCCCCCCAUGUCGGCAAGAACCUGAUCGACCACCCCAUCGUUCCAUUCGUCCUAAAACUCAAGGACGGCUACACCCUGGAUGACCACCUCCUCCGCGCAGGCCCGGCCAACGAAGCUGCCGUGGCUGCCUACCGCCGGGACAAGACGGGUCCCGUUGGCUCAGGUCUCUUGGAACUGGUUGGAUUCCCACGAAUUGACGAACGCCUGAAUAGAUAUGAAAGCUACCGCCAGGCCAAGGCAGCAAACGGCGGUCUGGACCCCUUCGGUCCUGCAGGCCAGCCUCAUUUCGAACUCGAUUUUGUCGGCAUCUUCAGCACCGCAUUCCAGUGGCACUACCCCGUCCCUAAACAGGGUAGCUACAUGACUGUCAUUGUGGAUCUGCUCCGCCCCGUCUCUGAGGGCGGAGAGGUCGUUUUGAACAGCACGAACCCCCUCGUGCAGCCGUACAUCAACUUGAACUUCUUCGCCAGUGAUCUGGACGUUCUCGCUAUGCGUGAGGGUGUGAGGUGGACCUAUGACAUCCUCAUGAAUGGCCAGGACUUCAAGGAUCUUGUCGUUGGCGAAUACCCAUGGGAAAUGCCAUUGAACUCCGAUGAGGCCAUGAACAAGGCUGUGUUGGAAAGGAGCCAGACUGGAUUCCACCCCUGCGGUACCGCCCGUCUAUCCAAGGACAUCAACCAGGGUGUCGUAGACUCCAACCUGUGCGUCCACGGUAUCAAGAAUCUCCGUGUCGCCGAUGCCUCUAUCAUCCCGGUCAUCCCAGACUGCCGAAUCCAGAACUCGGUAUACAUGAUUGGCGAGAAGGCUGCCGACAUCAUCAAAUCGCAAUACAAGCACCUCUACGAAGCCAAGAACAUCCCCUACUUCGUUUCCAGCAAGCUAUGAUUGGGAUACAUCCAUAAAAGCCCCUGCCUCUGUGCAGCCAAGGCUUACUUGCUGAAAGGGCUAAGUCUUAGUCUAAGGUGCUAUUUAGCUUGUUUAGAG